AUCGCUAUUCAGUCGAUCAGAGACAGAGUACUCGUAAUGGCUACCGCUAUGGACGUCGACCCUCCAUCAACAAGCUCUUCUUCGAGCAGUGCUAAAAGCGAGAAGAGACGAUUUGAAGUGAAGAAGUGGAAUGCUGUUGCAUUAUGGGCCUGGGAUAUUGUGGUAGAUAACUGUGCAAUCUGCAGAAAUCAUAUCAUGGACUUAUGUAUAGAAUGUCAAGCCAACCAGGCAUCAGCAACUUCAGAAGAAUGUACAGUAGCGUGGGGUGUGUGUAAUCAUGCCUUCCAUUUUCACUGCAUAUCAAGAUGGUUGAAGACUAGGCAAGUGUGUCCUCUGGACAACAGAGAAUGGGAAUUUCAAAAGUAUGGACGCUGAUGAUGAAGAUGUUCUAUAUCACAACAUGUACAUCUUGGUCGCUAUGUUUGAGUCACCAAUCCUAUUAUCUCUGUACAGUUGUAAAUAUUGUAUUGGAAGUAAUAUGAGUCAAUAUAAGGGCAUGGGUGAAAUCAAGCUUACCAUGAAAAAAGCUUUUAAAAGUUUCAACACAAAUUGUUUAAAAACUUGAAUGUGAUUUACAUUGUUUUUUAUAUUUUAUUUUUAUGCUUUCCUUUCUGAUAAAGACAUCGUUUCCAUGAAAAUAUUUUUUGCCCUGAUCAAUUUCAAAUUCACCCAAACAUUGUAGAUAGAACAUUGUUAAGACUGGUUGUUGUACCAAAAAAGUUUUUGAAAUUUUCAACAGUAUAUCAAUUAUUGAUGGAGCCACCC